GCGCGACAUAUUCUAUAAUCCACUCUCUUAAAUGUAACUAAGCGGAACCACACGUGAAAAUUGCGUAAUAGGUAACAAGUUAUUAAGAUUUGCAUUGGUAUGACAAAUUCCGUUACUGGUUAAAUGGAACGAAAAACAAUCACUGAAUCACAUAGGCAGUGGGAAAACUCCGGUGCAUAAGCACACAUAAUAAGAAAAGUUUGGACACUUUGGUUUGGUUGGGUUUCUUCCCCCAAAACGCAUCGUCGUGAACCAAAACAAUGGAAGGAGAAUCGGAGAGUGGCAAGCGAAGGAAGGGUUGCACGUUUUGGAAAAAUGACUUCCUCCCGGAGGAGUCGUUUAAGAGUUGGGGGAACUACAUGAGGGCGCUGAGGGAGACGCCGUGGAGGCUGAAGGAUCGGCUGGUGGCGCGGUCGAGUGAGGAGGCGGAGGUGGUGGGGAUGAAGGCGCGUAGCAGCCACCAGAUGAAGAAGACGCUCAACUGGUGGGACCUCACGUGGUUCGGGAUCGGAGCCGUCAUCGGCGCCGGAAUAUUCGUUCUCACCGGCGUCGAGGCCAGGGAGGUCGCCGGCCCCGCGGUCGUCUUGUCCUACGUCGUCUCUGGUAUCUCUGCCUUGCUAUCAGUUUUCUGUUACACCGAGUUUGCCGUUGAAAUUCCCGUCGCAGGUGGGUCGUUCGCGUACUUAAGAGUGGAGCUAGGAGACUUCGUAGCCUUCAUAGCCGCGGGGAACAUCCUUCUAGAAUACGUAGUAAGUUGCGCCGCCGUGGCACGGUCAUGGACCUCCUACUUCGCCACCCUCUGCAACAGAAACCCCGACGAUUUCCGCGUGGUGCUACGCAACACCAGCCCCGACUACGGCCACCUCGACCCCGUCGCCGUCGUCAUCCUCGCCGUCAUAUGCAUCCUCGCCGUCUACAGCACGAAAGGCUCCUCCGUCUUCAACUACAUCGCCUCCGUCGUCCACGUCAUCAUCCUCGUCUUCAUCGUCAUCGCCGGCCUCCUCCACGCCAACCCCCAAAACUACAAACCCUUCGCCCCCUUCGGCGCCCGAGGCAUGUUCCAAGCCUCCGCGGUGCUUUACUUCGCCUACGUGGGUUUCGACGCCGUCGCCACCAUGGCCGAGGAGACCAAAAACCCCUCCAGGGACAUUCCCAUCGGCCUCGUCGCUUCCAUGUUGAUCACAACGGCGUCGUAUUGCUUGCUCGCGGCCACGCUGUGCCUCAUGCAACCGUUCAACGCCAUCGACGUCAACGCGCCGUACUCGGUUGCGUUUAGCGCCGUGGGCUGGGAUUGGGCCAAGUACAUCGUGGCGUUGGGCGCUCUGAAGGGAAUGACCACGGUGCUGUUAGUCAGCGCUGUGGGCCAGGCCCGUUACUUGACCCACAUCGCGCGGACCCACAUGAUGCCUCCUUGGUUUGCCAUCGUCGAUGAGCACACCGGGACGCCGGUGAAUGCUACUAUUGCUAUGGUCGUGGCUUCUGCCGCUAUUGCUUUCUUCACGGACCUUCAGAUUUUGUCUAACCUUUUGUCUAUUUCCACUCUCUUUAUCUUCAUCCUUGUGGCGGUUGCGCUUCUCGUGCGAAGGUACUACUCUAGUGGGGUCACCACCAAGGGGAACCAAAUCAAGCUCGUCUUGUUCGUUCUGUUGAUCGUUCUCUCCUCGUGUGGGAUUUCGUGUUUUUGGGCUCUUGAUGGUUGGUGGGUUGGGUAUGCUGUAUUUGGGCCCCUUUGGGCUUUGGCUACCGGUGGGCUUUGGCUUCUUGUUCCAAUGGUGAAGCAGCCCAAGCUUUGGGGGGUGCCGUUAGUUCCGUGGCUGCCUUCUAUAUCUAUUUUUAUUAACAUUUUCCUUCUUGGGUCUAUCGAUAAGGAUUCGUUUGUUAGGUUUGUUAUUUGGACGGUGUUUCUAUUGGUUUACUAUGUCCUCUUCGGGUUGCAUGCUUCUUAUGAUACGGCUAAGGAGUUUGAGAUUGAGGCACAGAGUAGUAAGGAGUUGAACAAGAUGGAGAAUGGGGUAGUGUCUUCUACCUAGGUUUUAGCUUGUUCAUAUCAUACAUGGAACAAAUGUACAAGGCUUUUGAAAAGUUAAUUGUAAAUUUUCUUCUUCAAAAUGAAUAUAUG